GAUUUUAGACAGCAAGAAUCAGCUUCGUGGGCAAGACAACGCCUUUACGAGUGCGAAAUUAACCAUCCGGAUUGCGCAUUGCCAACCUCCCUGUUUCUUCCCAGAAGGUUGUUGGAAAUCAAUACGUUCAGUGAAGAGAGCGGAAUGUGCGUCCGCGUUCAUUUGAAAACUUCCUCCGAACUCGAUGCCGCCAGAACGAAAUACGCGACUCUAUCCUACUGUUGGGGAGGUCCACAAGAGUUCCAGUUGAAUGGUGGCACAGAAGACACGUUAAAGCGUGGGGUAUCAGCUUCAAUUCUUCCCAAAACCAUCCGUGACGCUAUCCAAGUGACCUCGAAUCUUGGGAUUCGUUGGAUUUGGAUCGACAGUCUUUGUAUUCACCAAGACAGCUCAGAGGAUAAAGCGACCGAAGUUGCGCAAAUGCACAAAAUAUAUGCAGGUUCUUUCAUUACAUUCUCAGCUAGUAGGGCUAGCAGUUGCAAUCAAGGGUUUCUUCAUCAAUGCUCUCUGCCUACUCCAGGAACAAUCGGGUACAGAUUACCCUUUGCUUCGCCAUCUGGAAGACUAGGAUCCGUAAUACUCUCUAGCAGUCAGAUGAAAUCGCCGAUUGAUGAACGCGGCUGGACUUUCCAAGAGCAUCUGCUUGCCCGUCGAGUUCUUCGAUUUACCGAUUUCGAACUCCACUGGUCUUGUGGGAGUAUUUCGAUGCAUGAGAAUGAUACAAUUCAAAGCUUACCAUCAUCACUCAUUCGCCUCCUAGACAAGACGUACAAGAUGUAUAAGGGUAUUCGUACCGAGAACCGAAGCUGCAGGAAUUGGAUGGACAUUGUUGAGCAUUAUACUUAUCGCGAGUUAUCGGACGAGUGGGAUAGACUUCCAGCAAUAUCUGGAAUAGUCCAGGCUUGGGCUCAAACAUCAAAUGAUCGCUAUCUUGCAGGCCUCUGGGAAUCACAUCUUCCUUUAGGGCUACUGUGGUCCCAUGAACAGCCAUUUCGGCAAGACGAAUUCCAAGCAUAUCGUGCACCUUCAUGGUCAUGGGCUUCUACCGUUGGA